AUGCCGCUGGCCAUAAGGGUCGAGGCUACGGGCGGCAUGACGUGCCAGGUCGCGGGGGAGGGCAACACAUCAGGGCGAUCGACGGCAAGCGCCGCCAGCGCCAGCAACGCGGAGUGGAGCCCUCCGCGGGGCGCGCGCACCGCCAGAGAAGUCGGUGGGGGCAAUGCGAGGCGGCCGGCGGGGGCGGCCGCGGAAGGGAGGGGACGGAGCGGCGCGAGCAGCAAAGACGAGGCUCGUUUGGACGACGAGCGCCGCCUCUCGGAGCAUUCACCGGCGCACGCCGCCGACACGGCUGCGCCCGCUCCCUCGUUGCGCCAUGCGCACUCAUCCCCCUCACGCGCUCACUCCGCCGCCACAGACGACGGCGUGUCCACGCCCGUCGCCGCACCGCUGCCCCACGCGCACAGCGCCGCCAGUCCCCGCGGGAGUAGUAGCGAGUCCCGUUGGUGGAAGCACGGAGGGCCGUCGGGCGGAGGAUGGGGCCUCGGGCGCAGCUGGAGCAGCAGCGCUGUCAGCCAUCCGCGCGCCGAGGUGAAUGGCGGAGUGGGCGAUAACGCACCAAGUGGUGCGGGGAGCGGCGGCGGCGGUGGCGGAAAGGUGUGGUGGUUCGGGUACCGGCGGGGCAUCAGCGCGGACUACGACAUCGGCGACCUGGUCGGGCGCGGGCGCACGGGGGAGGUGCGCCGUGCGACGGCGCGCAAGAGCGCGCGGAAAGGGCGGCGGGGAAAGCCCGAGGAGCGGGGACCGCCGGUGGUGGUGAAGACGAUCUGCAAGGCGGAGCUCACGACGGAGGAGUCGCGCGAGGCGAUGCGGCGCGAGGUAGCGAUUCAGCGCAUGCUGCCGGCGCACGCGCACGUGGCGGCGCUCGUGGACGCGUACGAGGACCGCCGCAACGUCUACCUCGUGCUGCAGGAGUGCGAGGGCGGCGAGCUCAUGGACCUCAUGAUGGCGCGCGGGGUGGGACAUGCGGGCGAGGCGGCAGCGCGGCACGUGGUGUGGCAGGUGCUGCUGGCCCUGGCGCACUGCCACGCACACCUGGUCGUGCACCGCGACAUCAAACCCGAGAACGUGCUUCUAGCCAAGAGCAGCAGCGCCCAUGAACCCCCCCUUGUCAAGCUCAUAGACUUCGGCCUGGCGGCGCUGCUGCCGCCCCUGCCCCUCUCUGCCUGCCCUGCGCCCACCAACGCUGCCGCUGCAUGCCCUACUACUGCGCACAGUGCCACAGCAGCAGCCCCCCGCGCUCAACAGCAAGAGCAAGGACACCACCAGCAGCACCAGGCCCAGCCAAACUCGAGCCUGCCCAUCCCACCGCCCGCCCCCGCGCCCGCCCCCCCCGCCGAAGGCCUCCUCUCCUCACUGCCCCCUGUGUGUGUGGCGCUGCCGCAGCUGCACGAGCCGCUAUGGGAGCUGCUGGGAUCGCAGGACUACCUCUCCCCGGACGUGCUGCGCGCCAAGUACGGCACGCCCAGCGACCUCUUCUCCCUCGCGUCGCUGGCGUACCUGCUGCUGUGCGGCCGCCUGCCCUUCUCGCCUGUGCCGCGCUGCCUGCGCACCACCAUGCACGCUGUCGCCACGCAGCAAGCCGGGUUCACGGAGAGCGCGUGGGGGGGCGCGGGUGAAUCCGCGGGCGUGGGGAGGGAGGCGUGUGUGUCGGGGGAGGGGCGGCGCGCGGUGCAGAGCCUGAUGGCCAAGGACUCUGCCCGUCGCCCCACCGCCGCCAUCAUGCUCUGCCACCCGUGGUUCCAUGAUCUGCACAGCCUGCCCGCACUGCUCACUGCCACGCCUGCUACCAGUGCACCUGGCAGUGCGCCUGCAAGCCCUGCCACGCCCCUGGACCCCUGCGUGCCCUUGUGCCUGCUGCACGUGCUGGUGCUGCCUGCCACGCACAAGCACCACCUCCAGUCCCAGGCCUUGCAGCUGUAUAAGGACCAUGCGUGGGUGCGCGUGUAUGCGGCGGUGCAGUGCCGGCACGUGGUGGGCGUGUGGCCGGGGGACAGCACGCACGUGGAGCAGGAGGGCGAGAGCGAGAGCGUGUCCAUGUCGCACGUGCACAAGGUGCUCUCCCUCUGUGCGUGCAAGCCUCUAGCGGACUCCUUCCUCAAGCAGGUAUCACGACUGGGACUGAAACGAGCACGAGCAACGCAGUUAGAUGUGGAUCGCGCCGCAGGCGCGCCGGGAAUGGCGGAACCGGGCGUGGCGUGGGGCGGCGAGAGGGACGGCCGGGGGCGCGAGAUUCCGCAUCGGGGGGAGCAGCAGCCCGCGGGGGGCGCGGAAGGGGAGCGCGAGGCGACGUUCGAGGAGCGCGUGGCGCGCAGCAUCCUGGUGGACGAGCUGUGCGGCGCCGUGACGCCCGCCGCGCUGCAGAGCGCGCUGGGGCAGUUCGGCACGGUGCGCUCCGUGCAGAUGGUGCCCAACCUGCUUCACCCGCGCCGCUCGUCCGGCUGCGCCAUCGUGGAGCUGCACUCGCGCCACCUCGCGCUCAAGAUGCUCGCGGACAUAAGCGAGUCGAUCCUGAUCGUCGGCGCGGGGCCCCGCCCCGUGCGCGCGUACAAGGCGCGCGCCGACAUGUUCGACGGCGCGUUUGUCUUCCCCUCUGCGCUGCACGCCGCCGCGCUCCCGCAAUCCGCGCCCGCCGUUACUUCCGCCGCCGGCGCGCAGAGCUCCCCCCUUUCCGCCGCGUCCGCCCUCCCGGGGUUCCGCGUCACGGACGCUGCGGGGGAGGGCGCGGCGGGAGGGGGAGCGGACGGGGGUAGCGGGGAGGCGGGUGGCGCGGGGCAGGGGAGGUGGCGGUGGCGGCUGACUGUGAUGGAGGAGAGGCAGCGGGGGGGUGGCGGAGCGGGGGGGGUAGAGGGCGGGGUGAAGAAAGCAGGCGGAGGGGGAGGGGAGAGGGGAGUGGGGACGGUGGAGUGGCAGCGCGCGCGGAGGUGGAAGGAGGUUGCGGGCAGGCAGGCAGAGGAGAUGAAGAUGCUGACAGAGCACGUGGAGGCGGAGAAGCAGCAGGUGGGGGAGAAGCAGCGCGCGCGCAUAGAGGAGGACCUGCGGCGCCUCACACUCAUCGACCACGCCAUGGCGCCCGCGGGGGGCAUUGCACAGCUGCGCCACUUCUAUGGCAUGCCACACAUGGACUUGAGCACCAUACGAUGCGUGAUGAUGCUGCUGUCCCCUAAUGUGGUGUAUGUGGUGCUCUACAAUUCGGCCACCCCUCACAGCUCUUCCCACACCAGCGCAGCCAUGUCGUCGUCCGCGGCGCCAGACGACGAUCUCGUCUCUAGUUUCUGCGCCAUCACGGGCGCGGCGCCCGACCAGGCGCACUUCUUCCUCGACAGCAGCGCCGGCGCGCUCGACGCCGCCAUCUCCGCCUUCUACGACCACAGCGGGGACGCCGCCGCUGCCGCCGCCGCCGCCGGCGGUGCCUCCGGGGACGACAGCGACGACACCGGCAGCCGAGGCGUCGCCGCCGCCGUCGCUGCCGCGCCGCCGCGCGAUCCGCGUGCUGCUGCGGCGGCGGCGGCAGCAGCGCGUGCGGGCGGGGCGGCAGUAGGUGGCCCCACGAAUCCCGCGAUGACGUCACAGGCGAUGUUCUCCGCGGGAGGCGCGGAGGAGGGCGGCGAGGAGGUGCAGCAGCGGCAGCCGCGGGUGACUGCGCCCAUCGGGGGACCGUCAGGGGCGGGGGGGGGAACUAGCGGAAUUGGAAGAUUUGUGGGGGGAGUGGGGAAGGGGAAAGGGAGCAAGAGAACGGGGCACGGCGGGGGAGGGGGAGGCGGGCGGAUUCGGACGCUGGGGGAUAUUGGGAGACGGAGGGACGAGGAUGAGGAGGAGGACGAUGAGGAUUACGAGAAUGAGGAUGACGACGACAGAGAGGAGUAUUAUGCCGGGGGGGAGAAGAGCGGAAUAGCGGUGCAGGACCCCAACAAGCGCAGGGGGCCGGGCGGAAUGGCGGCGCGGGGGGGGGCGGGCGGGGGCGCGCUGGACGUGGACGAUAUCUUCGCGCGCGCGCAGCAGCAGGGCGCGCGCCAGGGCACCUCCGCGGACCUCGACGCGGGCGCAGGCGCAGGCGGGGGCGCGCGGAGAGACGCGGGCGCGUUCAGCGGAGUGGGGAGGACGCUGGGGGGCCCAGGCGGGGAGGGGGCAGGGGGAGGUGCGGGCGCGGAAGCAGUGACGGGGCAGGGGCAGGGGCAGGAGGAGAUGGCGGGGGAGGGCGGGCGGCGGGUGGUGCGGCACACAGUGACGUUCUACCUGAACGGGUUCACGGUGGACGAGGGGCCUCUGCGCCAGCUGCAGGACCCCGCCAACGCCGCCUUCCUCAAGAGCAUCCUGGAGCGCGGCGAGUGUCCGCGCGAGCUGCAGAGCGCGGACCCCAACGAGGACGUGGAGCUCAACCUGCUGCGCAACAACUCCCAGUGGACGCCCCCCCCAGAGCCCAAGUACGUGGCGUUCUCAGGCCAGGGCCGCACGCUGGGGGAUGCUGCUGCCGCCUCCGAUGCACAGGCGCCACCACAACCCCCUGCUGCUGCUGCACCUGCUGCCACUGGCCCCACCAACCCACAGGCCCCUGCUGGAGGUCUACAGGUGGACGAGUCCCAGCCAGUGACGUCCAUCCAGGUGCGGCUGGCGGACGGCACGCGCCUGGUGGCGCGCUUCAACCACGCACACACCGUCGCCCACAUCCGCGCCUUCAUCGACGCCGCCCGCCCGGGUGGCAGUGCCGGGCGGCGGUACUCGCUGCAGACCAUGGGGUUCCCGCCCAAGCGGCUGGAGGAUGAGAGCCAGACCAUUGCGGCCGCCGGGCUGGUCAACUCCGUGAUCGUGCAGCGGUGA